CGCAAACAUUCACGAUGCUUCUCAAAUCUGUCCUCCUCUCCCUCGCCAUCUCCCUCGCCACGGCGCAAAGCGAAGUCGGCCGCCCCUGUGGCUUCAAGAUUGCCCCCUGCCCCUUCGACAUGAAGUGCAUCGCCGACAACCCGUACUGCCCUGAGCUCAACAAAUGCCCCGGCCACUGCGAGUUCAAGAACAAGUAUGCUUCUUGCGGAGGCUUCACGCCAAGGCCGCACAACUGCGAUAAAAAACACGAGUGCCAGGAUGAUCCUCGGCUGCCGCCGAACUGCGGCAUGGCAUGUGAUAUUCCGGGAAUAUGCGUUCCCAAGGAUGCUCAUUUCUGUGGGGGAUUUCUAGGAUUGGCUUGUCCUGACGGCUUGUAUUGCUACGAUGCAUUGGAUGGGUGUGAUCCUGAAAAUGGUGGUGCAGACUGCGGUGGUAUUUGUUUGUAGAGCAGCAGUCAGUCAACUCUUCGAAGGAAAUUUGGUGACCAUUUUCCGCAGAUAUCUUGAGACGAACAAGAUUUGAAGGAAUCCUAAUAUACAAUAUUGCAAUGUAUCUCAUACCUCU